CAGCGGUGAGGUUCGCCGCUCUGCACCUGAAAGGGCCUGUGGGGCGCGGGAUGUCCAGCUCCGGGCGACCCGUCCGGCGCCAUCGGGCGGUGGCGAACACCUGUUCCGGCCUGACAGGGUUUCUGGGGGGAUCCUGCGCUUUCUUACCCGACCAGUUCCUGUCCGUACUUUAAGCUGCUGUUGGCUCAGGAGGAGGCACAGUGUUUCCAGCUACGCCUUCAUCUUGGCCGGAAGUCUGUUGGAUCAGAUCUCAGUGUUUUAAGUGUUGGAAAUUAAUAGCUCUUCUAGCUUUUACAUUAUUUAAAUAUAGUAGAAAAUUGGACUGAUAUGUUCUUGAUGCCAGCCUCUUCAGAGUUAAACAGUGGGCAGGACUUCUUAAGCCAGUGGAUGACCAAUUCUUCUCGGGCUGGAGUUAUAUUAAAUCGUGGAUUUCCCAUUUUGGAAGCAGAUGAAGAGAAGCGAGCAAAUGUGAAUAUUUCCACCAGCUUUGCUGUUAAAGCGACACAGUUUUCACAUAGUUUCACUUUUAUAAGUGAAGAAGAAUCACUUAGUGAAGAACAGAAUUUGGAGUCUAACAGCCCUUACAGACUACAGUCAGAUAAAUCCGAAACAGAUGCAGUCUUUCCUCUGCCUAAUGAAGAACCACAGCCAGUGGCAUGUCAGGAUUCUCCUGGACCCUGGAAAGACAACAAAAGUGACUUUAUCUCAGAUCUUGUGAGUGAAUUCAGAGAAGUGGCUUGUAAAGAUCCACUUUUUAAGAAGCUUGAACAGCUGAAAGAGGUGCAACAGAAGAAGCAGGAACAACUGAAGAGGCAGCAGUUGGAGCAACUGCAAAGACUCAUGGACGAACAAGAGAAGCUGCUCACUAUGGUGUCUGGGCAGCAUGUACUCCCAGGUUUAACUCUGCUGCCUGAUGAUCAGAGCCAGAAGUAUAGAUCUCCAGGAAGUUCAGCCACUGAAGAGAAACCCAGACUCUUCUUACCAUCAUCUGUCUACCAGAAUCAAAAUCAAGAAAAAACACACACUUCCAACAUUUUGUCCAAUGAACAAAACAACUUUUGUAGAACUACUCAUCAAGAUUUUGUCUUAACUUCAAAAAGUGGUGCUUCUCCCAAUUUGUUUUCUGCAGCACAGUGUGAAGAAGCACUUGUGAAAAAACAUGAUUUGGAGGAGGAAAACUAUAACCAUUCUAAAGGUGAAGGUAUUUUACCAUGUUGGGAGAAAAUGACAGACCAGAUUCAGGAAGAGAAUGAUGUAAACCUAAAAAAAUUUGGUGAUUCCUCAGAAGUGGUUAAUGUUGAAGAAAGGCCUAUUAAAGCUGCUAUUAGAGAAAGAAAACAGACAUUUGAAGACUACUUGGAAGAACAAAUUCGGUUGGAAGAACAAGAAUUGAAACAGAAACAGCUAAGGGAAGCAGAAGAAUCAUUGCUAAUCAAAGCAAAACCAAAACAACCAUUCUUAAAACGAGGAGAAGGGUUAGCUAGAUUCACUAAUGCUAAAUCUAAGUUUCAGAAAGGGGGGGGCAAUAAACUAAUGACUAAUCAGAGCAUUUCAGAGGACCAACCUGUGUUUAAAAUAGAUAGACAACAAUUCCAGCGGAAAACUGCUCUUAUUAAUAAAGAACUAUGUACAGAGAACCCUCACCCUAAAAAGAACAGAGCUAGAACCAAGAGUGGUUAUGUCACACUCAGUGAGAAGCCAGAAGUGCUUAAGAGUAAUAAUGUGAAAGGUUUCUUUCCAUCAAGACUGAAAAUACUGGCAGGGAAGAAUUGUGGUAAAUUUAGAGAGCAGUUCAAAUUAGAAAAAAAGGUAGAAUCUAACAAUAAAGAAAAUGUACCCGAGUGUACAAAACCUUAUGAUACUGGUUGUGAAGUCUGGAAUAACGCACAAGAUAACAUACUUCCCCUCUCUACGGGGCUGGAAGGCUGCAUGGCUUCAAAAAGCCCAAUAACUGAGAGCUUGAGAGAGUCAGGAUCUUCUCUUGACAUUUCUGUUCAGAAAAAGUUAGAGAAUUGGGAACAAGAAAAGGAAAAGGAAAAUUUGGAAUUAGAUGAAUUUUUGCUUUUAGAACAAGCUGCUGAUGAAAUAUCAUUUUCCAGCAAUUCCUCAUUUGUACUGAAGAUCUUAGAGAGGGACCAAGAGGUCUGUAAAGGUCACCGGCUGUCUUCUACCCCUGUUAAAACUGUGCAGCAGCAAAAGAUGAUGACACUGGGUCUGUGUAACCAAAGUGUUAGUCAGUGUAACCAAAAUGAGCAUCCAGACCAUGACAAACAUGAAAAUGAGGGUGAGUGUGAGGUUGCACCCAAACAACUUAAUUCACUGUCCUCACCUGAUGGACUGGGGAGACUGUCUGGUAAAGUCAGUGAAAAAGCGUUCCAAAUGAACACUUCUGAAAAUCAAAUGAGGUUGAAAGCAAGUGAUAAUGUAAUGAACAGUGACAGUAGCACUGAUUCUGAGGAGCAGCUGGGCGUUAUCAUAAAGUCAUCAACUGAGGGUAACAAAAGGGGGUUGAGCAGCAGAGAAGAUAAUCCACAAGUUUGUGAUGGUAAGGGACCGUUAGGGAAUGCUGGGACUCAAGAAGAGAGUAAAAGGAGAGAUGUGGAUUUAGAUUUGUCUGAUAAAGACUGUAGUAGUGAUGAGUCUGUUGUAACAGAAAGCUUGAAAAAUAAAGGUUCUGAGUCCUCGAGAAGGCCAUCAUCUUUAAGUAUAAUUGACUUCGAUGAUGAAAGAACUUGGACCGAUCUUGAAGAGAAUUCAUUUAAAUGUGAUAUUACUCAUGGGAAUGAAGCCAUUUAUGGAACUCCCCAGACCUACCCUAAUAUGAGUGAUAUAUGUGUACUGGACAAAACAAUAAAAAGGAAGGUUGCACCAGCAAAGAAGGAAGACUUGAGCGAGUCCAGCAGAGGCACAAGUCCUCCUCCUACAUCAGAUCUGAUGAUGAAAUUCUUCCCUUCUUUGAAACCAAAACCAAAAUCAAAAUCAGAUUCACAUUUGGGAAAUGAACCCAAGGUAAACAUUCAAGACCAACCCACUGGUGACAAUGCUCGAUCUCAAGUUUUGAGAGAGAAAAUUAUUGAGUUGGAAACGGAAAUAGAAAAAUUUAAAGCUGAGAACACUUCUUUAGCUAAACUUCACAUUGAACGAGAAAGUGCCUUGGAAAAGCUCAAGAAAGAUAUUGCAGACUUUGAACAACAGAAGGCAAAAGAAUUGGUUCGAAUAAAAGAAUUUAAAAAGGAAGAAAUGAGGAAGCUACAAAAUAAACGCAAAGUUUUUGAAAUGUAUACUACAGCUGCAAGAACUUUUCCAGAUAAAAAGGAGCGUGAAGAAAUACAGUGGCAGGCUUUGAAACAGCAGAUAGCAGAUUUACAGGAAGAUUUGAAAAGAAAGGAAGCAAAAUGGUCAAGUACACAUGGCCGUCUUAGGAGCCAGAUAGAAGUGUUGGUCAAAGAGAACACAGAUCUCCGGGAAGAAAUAAAAGUGAUGGAAAGAUUCCGACUUGAUGCUUGGAAGAAAGUGGAAGCCGCUGAGGGCCUCACCAAGAUCGAUCAGUGUGGGACUGCCAUGAAGAAAGAGGGGUCCAUGAAUUCAUCAGUUCGAAUUCAGAAGAGACAAAAUUCUGCUGGAACCCAGCUAGAACGAUACAAGAAAAAUAGUUUGGCCAUACAAGGCAAUCCAUCUCGGAGAUCCAAGUCUGUGCCGUCUCGUGAUUUAUGCAUUUCAGAUAAGGGACAAACUGCCUCGCCCAGGGAACCCCCUGAAUCAGUGGAUCUCCCAGAUCCUGAAUAUAAAGAGGAUGAAAAAGAGGAUAAAAAAGAAAUUCAGGGAGAAAUCAGUCACCCUGAUGGAAAGAUAGAAAAGGUUUAUGAGGAUGGGCGCCGUGUUGUACUGUUUCCAAAUGGAACCCAGAAAGAAGUGAGUGCAGAUGGAAAGAAUAUCACUGUCACUUUCUUCAAUGGUGAUGUGAAGCAGGUCAUGCCAGAUGAGAGAGUGAUCUACUACUACGCAGCUGCUCAGACCACCCACACCACUUACCCUGAGGGACUAGAAGUCCUGCAUUUCUCAAGUGGACAGAUAGAAAAACAUUUCCCAGAUGGAAGAAAAGAAAUCACAUUUCCUGAUCAGACUAUCAAAAAUUUAUUUGCUGAUGGACAAGAAGAAAGCAUUUUCCCAGAUGGUACAAUCAUCAGAGUACAACGAGAUGGCAGCAAAAUCAUAGAGUUUAAUAAUGGCCAGAGAGAAAUACACACUCCUCAGUUCAAGAGACGGGAGUAUCCAGAUGGCACUGUUAAAACAGUCUAUGCAAACGGUCAUCAAGAAACAAAAUACACAUCUGGUCGAGUAAGAGUUAAAGACAAGGAUGGUAAUGUUCUAAUGGAUACAAAGUUGUAAUGCUCCUGUGUGUGACUAAUCAUGAAAUAAUACUACCUUGAUUUUCUUGUUCAAAAAGUAUAUAUUUCUAGUGAUUGUGUGGUUUAAUAUAUAUGUACUCUGUGUGUAUAUAUAUAUGUAUAAAUGGAAAAGAUUAUGCUUGGAAUAUAAAAUAAAAUUUAUAGCAUUUAAUAAUGUUUGAAAUGCCUAAGGACAGAAGCAUUUUAUCUGUUAUAGAAGUUCUUUAUCUGUAAUGGAAUGGGAAGGUAAAACAGAAGAGCUUGUUCAUUCUAUGAGUACAGAUAAACUCAAGAGUGAGGAGAACGUAGUUAUGAUGAAGGUGAUGCUCUAACUGGUCGAAAUGUGACACUUGAGAAUGGAGGGGCAGAGCUGAUGGGCCACAGAUGCUAGACUGUUAUGAUUUAUGAGACGGCUGGGUGACAGAAGGAUGUUCUUGAAGGAAGGGCAAGUCAUCUACACCUAAAUUUAUAUGAUUAUAGGUGGGUCUAGUCACUUCAUGCAGAAUGAUAGUGUUGGCAAUGACUUGAUUUUUUAAAAAACCUUAAUGUAUUCAUUUCAGAUGGUUUAAGAACUGAAUAUGAAGUGUAAAACUUUUCAAAGAAAAUAAGGAAUUACACAUAUUAUCUCAGGAUAGAGAAGGAUUUAUAAUGUACUAUAGAAAGCUGAAACUUUAAAAGGUUUGUAAACGAGUGAAGUUUCUGUUUGUCUAAACAUGCCACAAAAAGCGUAAUAAGCUACAGACUAGGAAAAGAUACAUAUACCUGACAAAGAAUUAAUAUGAAGAAUAUAUAAAAAAAUCCCAUAAAUCAGUAAGAUGGUUGCAAACAACAGGAAAAUGGACAAAGGACCUGAGCAAACAAAUGAGAUAAUGGGCUACCUUUAUACUUGUACCAUAUACUGCAAAUAAUGGUCUGGCCACACUACAUGUUGGCGAGGAACUCCGAUGAUGCAGUAAGCUAGUAAAACCUCCUUUUGUAAAGCAAUUGCCCAUGACUUUGUACCAGUAAGUAUAUAUACUAGAAAACUGGUAACAAACCAAAAAUAUUUUACCAACAGAAUAAAAUUAUGUGCACAGAUGAAUGUAACAGUGAAAGUGAAUAAAAUAUACUAAUACAGAUAAAUGGUAGAAAUAACAUAGGAAACUAAAGGUAAUUUGUGUGACAGUUAAAAAUAUACAGAGCAACUUUUGUCUUGUUUAUGUAUGCAUUCAUAGACAGCAAAAAAUUACAAAGACCUAUGUAAGAAUGAUAAACACCCGAUUCACAGUAGUGCUCACCUCCACAGGAAAGAAAAUGAUUUGGGAAGAGUUACUACAGGUGCCUAAAACUGUACUGAUAAUACUGUAUUUCUUAAGCUGAAUACACAUGAAAUGGGUUUUUCUCAUGGAUCAAAAAUAUUUCAAAAUUAAGCCCUGGCUGGUGUAGCUCAGUGGAUUGAGCACGGGCCUGCGAAUCACACAAUUGCGGUUCGAUUCCCAGUCAGGGCACAUGCCUGGGUUGCAGGCCAGUUCCCAGCAGGGAACACACAAGAGGCAACCACACAUUGAUAUUUCUCUCCUUCUCUCCUUCCCUUCCCCUCUAAAGAUAAAUAAGUAAAAUCUUUUAAAAAAAUCACAGGAAAACAAAAAUAUUUGAAGCAAAUAUUUAUUAAUGAUUUUUCAAACAAUUACAGUUCAAUAUGUAAGGGGGAAAAGGGACCAGCAUUAUUGCAGAACAAGUUGAGAAAAACAAGCCUGAAAUGGUCUGCAUACAGCAAAAAACUUUCUUCUGGGUUGUAUACCUGAAAAACAAAGUGUGUAUUAUUUAUACUUUUUCUUAAUGUUCAAAUCUAGUUCCUGUAUCACUUGUUAUUUUAUGUGAAUGGAUAAAGACAGAGUAAGCUUAUUACUUAAGUACUUUGAUAACUUGGUUACUAGGACCUUGAUUAUUCAACAGUGCUAUGUGCAUUCCAUACAAUGUGCUUCAGUUAUUUAGAGAGGCCCCUAUCUUCUGCUUUCUUUAUCCCCAUAACUACUCCUACUAGGAAUGGUCACGAGAGCCUUUCCAAAGCAUUCUAACACUUACAGAACUUCUGAUACUUGCCUUCACUGCUGAGGAACCUAUGAAGAAGAAAUCUAGGAGAUUCUUGUUGAGCUCUGUUGUCACUUCUUUGAGAAAUCAAGGAAAGUCCAAAGGUGCUUUUAUGGGCAUUAGUCACCUGCUUUGUGCCAGCUAUACGGGUAAACAAGAAGUGACACUUACAUCAUUCAUCUUGCUCUGCAAGCCCCAUUUCUACUAAUGACAUAUGAACUGGAUACUGUUCAUCUUCAUAUAAUGUCACAAUUUGUUCUGGUUCCCGAGCCUGAAAUUAAAAUAACAGUUGUAAAGAAAACACAAUAAUGUCUUUGCUGUCUUUUCCCUCUUACCUCUGACAGGAGAGAAAAAGCAUUAUGAAACUUAUUUAUAAUUUAUACUCGGCACUUUGAAAAGGUAUGUAAUGGUUUCCUGAUAAAUCAUGUUCUUUCCAUCCUUUCUACUUUAUUUAACAUGUAGCAUAAUUCCUCUCCAAUGUUUUCCUACAUAGACCCAACAAGCUCUAAACACCACCAUCCUUGUUAAAAUUCAUUUACAUUCUACACAUUAAACAUUAUACCUUUAUGCAGAAACUGACCAAAUUUUGAAUGCUACUCACAGAAGUGGACAAACGCCCAUGUCUAAGAACAUUUACUUGCCCUCCCUACAUUCUCUUUUCAGGGGCUUCUUGAGAGAAAACUUCAGAAGCAAUUUGUACCAUUCUGUACACACAGGAGCUAUACAGAGGUUUUGAGAAAGCACUUUCUAGUAGUAGCACUGUUUCAUUAAGAGCUCAUUCUUGUCACAGCCAAUACACUAGGACUCCUAAAAGCUUGGGCAGGUCAGGCCGAAACAACACUGUGCGGCUGAGGUGAAUUGGAGAGAGUAUUUCCAAGUGAAGGGGUUGGAAGGGCUCCUGCAUUUUAUAAACUUAAUCAGAAGUCACAGGUACAGACUUUUAGGGGGUAAAAAUUUCCAGUUUUAGAACACUGCACUACAUAAAACAUGGGUGCAGGCUGGAUUCUGCCUGUGGGCUGCCCUUUGUGACAUGCUAACCGCUAAAGAAGAAAGCAC